AUGAACCCCGUCCUCAGUGUCACUCUCCUGCUGACAGAGGGGCGCUGUGGGGCAGGCUUGCAGGUGGCCAGCACACAGAAGGUGACCAGCCUGACGGCCUGCCUGGAGGACCAGAGCCUGCGCCUGGACUGCCGCCAUGAGAACACCACGACCCUGCCCAUCCAGUUCCAGUUCAGCCUGACCCGGGACGCCAAGAAGCACGUGCUGUUGGGCACCAUCGGCGUCCCCGAGCACACGUACCGCUCGCGCACCAACCUCACCUACAGGAACACCCUCAAGGUCCUCUACCUGUCCGGCUUCAGCUCCCGGGACGAGGGGCUGUACGCCUGCGAGCUGCACCUGCCCGGCCAGCUGCACGUGUCCCAGAAGAACAUCUCUGUGCUCAGAGACAAGCUGGUCAAGUGCAGGGGCACCUGCCUGCUGGCCCAGGAUGCCUCGUGGCUGCUGCUGCUGCUGCUCUCGCUGCCUCUCCUGCAGGCCAUGGAUUUCGUCUCCCUGUGA